AUGAACAAGGAUGAUAAGCGAGACUUCAUCAUGUUCGAAGGCCAGCAGGAAUAUGACUGGGAGCGGAGCAUCAACCUGAAGAUGAAGGAGCAAAUGCGGCGGCGCGAGGUUCACAUGAAGGAGAGCCUGGAAAGGGUCGGCAAGGCGCUUCACAGGCGCUGGCGAAGACAACGCGACAGGGACAAGGCGCAUGCCAUGGACCGGAUUUCUGCUCUUCGGAAAGUCAUGGACGACACAGAGGAGGAGCUGGAAAAGAUCCGGAAAGCCCAAGCAGAAGCCACGGAGAAAGAGGUGGAAGAGUUGGAAAGUGAAAGGAGGCGCCUCCAGGAACAAACGCGCGUGCUGAUGUCUGCUGCCCUAGUGGUGCGGCAGGAAAAGGCGCGCAUAAACAAGGCCUGGUAUGCGGAGCAGCGGGAGAAGAAAGCAUUGACCUUCCAGUCCUUGAAAAUCAUUCGACGACUUCAUGCUGACAUGAUCAACUUUCCGGUCACGGCAGAGUUCAAGCAGAAGCACUCGGUGUUGCUGUACUCGCUUCGUAUGCUUGAAGGUCGACUGAGAAAGGAUUGCCCGUAUGCAAAAGAUUCAGACAUUCAGGAGGGGCCAUUAGAGGAGACGGCAGAACACAAAAAGCAAAUGGAGGAGGCAGAAAACGCCUUUGAAGAGCAGCUGGUCGCGGACAUUGACGAAAUCCGCGAUUCAAAUCGAGAAAAGGCACAGCGGGCGAUGGCCCGUGAGGCCGCGCAACGGCGGCGUGCAGCCGAGGUUGAGCUUGUGCCGGCUCUGGAGCACGCUGCAGAAGCACUGCGGCGCUCUGAGCGAGCAGCACGUCGAGCUGAGAUUGCAGAGGAUCUUCUGCGGCCGCUGGGUUCGGUGGCAUCACAGCUCGGCGGUGAGGCUUUCCGGCACGCUCAGCUGGAAGGAGGGACGCACGAACCUGCCAGCUUCAAUCCAAAGAGAAAGCGAUCAGAGGCAUCCCUCGCUGCCACGCUGAAAGUCCUCGACCAGGUGAUCCCACACCUGGAUGCAGAGGAGGUUAAAAAAGUUGCAGCUGCGCCUAGCAAGAUGGGCAAAGAACCGGAAUGGGAGGGCGCUCUGGAAGAAGUGAAAGCCAGAUGGUCUGUCUUCUGCGACCAGCACCCUGAAAUUGUGCCCGACGAGCAAGACACUCCACGAGGAGAAAAAACUGUUUCCUCGCAUGCUUCGGCUGCCAGCAGACUAGACAUGGAUGACCUUGAGGAUGAGGGCGAAGGCGGGGCGGACGAGAACGCACCUGCCAAGAAGCUUCCGCCGCCUCCUCCAAGGAAGAUUUCAGCAGCACCAGCCAGGCCACCCAGUGCUGGGAGCCGACCACCCUCGAGCCCUGUGCCACCCGUGCCAGGUGCCAAGGCGAAGGCUGCUGCCCAAGCUCCCAGUGGCGGAGCGGCUCAGGGCGCCAAGAAGGGUGCGGCACUGCUUGAAAAGCUGGAUGAGCUCUCAGCCCGCAUGGCGGAGUUAGAAACUCCUCCAGGGAACAUCGACUUCCUGCUAACGUUGUGCCGCGCUAGCCUGGAAGAAAUGCAGCUGCGAACCCAAGCUGGUAAGCUGAAGCUUGGUUUCUGGAUGUUUCUGGACUUCGCACUAAUUACUCGCGGUGCAGACGUGGCAUCCCAACCUAGGUGCCUCUUCUACACUGUAGAAGCUGAUGCUACCUCUGUCAGCAGCCAGGCUGCUCUUCGCAAGGACAACACUCAGGAAGGUGACCCGUUUGCAACUACCAGGGUGACCGAUUGCGAUGCAGCUCGCAAGUUCAUGGCUCAGUACGGAUUUGUGGUUUUCCGAGAUGUGAUCUCGGAAGACGACUGCUCGCGGAUUCCAGCGUGCAGACCCAACAACGUGGAAUGUCCUAUCGCGCACAGAGACCGGUACGGAUUGCCACCUGACCCUGUGAUCAUGUCCCCUCAGAUGGUUGACAAUCGCCAGAACUGCAAUGUCAUUCGAGCAUUUGAGACAAUAUUGGGUGAGAACAUCCUUGUGAGUCAUGAUCGAUGGUGCCUGUACCGGGCUACUGAAGCCGGUGGUAUCCCAACCAAAAACAACCUGCACCUGGACCUACAUCCGUGGCGUUAUCUCCGUGGGGACACGCAGAUUGAGGAUCUGCGUUACGAGGCAGCUGAUGGGCCUCAUGUUCAAGGAGUCUUGAACUUGAUGGAGAAUCUGGAGGAGGUACUCAGCUGGUUCCAGGCAGCUUAUGCUUACUUCGCUGUGGAGACGGUAGUUGUUGACAGUCUAGAGCUGGGGCCAGCAGAGUCCUGUCCAGAGCAUGGCUUUGCCAGAUUCCCCUCUGCAAAUACCCCGAGAUGCGCAGGCUUUCAUAACAUUUUCGAGGAGUGGCAAAAAGGAUUAGGUGAUGAAUGCGCUGCCUCCUCAGUCGGAAAAGCAGCCUUGCAGCCAUCCGAGAUUGGGAAGGGCAUCGUCCCGGCAAUUGAGGACUGGCGCUUCAAGCCUGGACAGUCAGCCAACUGGCUACAUCCAGGCAAUGGCGGUUUCAUUUGUGGAACAAAUGCCGCGCAAGCAGAAAGAAACCUGCGCACGUUAACUCCUGUGAGUUUUCGGGCCCCAAUCAAUCGUCGCGGGUCCGCAUGGCGCAGUUCAUCAGAGCCUUCAGACGAGCACCCCUCAGCCUGGAGCGCGCAAUGGCAGCAGGGCUCCUGGACAAGGUCACUGCUCCUGGAUCUUCAGUUUUUGGCUUCGAUGAUCUCGAUCUCGACCGCAUCAGUGGUCUCCAUCGCCAGAGAGCUGACACAACAGUCGGUGGCGUCACAUAGCAGAGGGCAUGCCAGCUUUCCGGGAGAAGGUCUCAGAUCGCCAGAUGCGUUGCUGGCUGCCACGAAGCUGAUCGAUGCUGAUGGAAUUUGCGGUGGCCAACAUCAGAGGCAAAAUGUCUCCCAAGAAAAAUCUGGACAUACCUGGACAGAACUUGUCCAAGAGACUGCAUUUUGCUGGCGGCGUAGCAAGCAGCAGGUCGACCAAGCGGGCAUUGUGCUCAAGAACCAGCGAGCCAAGCUCGAGACGUGUUUUGGUUACCAGCGCUUUGACUAUGAUCCUCGGCCAGGGUGUUGGGCAACAGAGCCUUUGCAGCAAGACAUGACCAAAGUAAACAAUGUGGACAAUAUGUCGGUGUUGCAGAGGAUGAUGCAAAAGACUUCAAGGCAUGAGGAUGCAGCGAAAGAGGUCUGGGGCAUCCGAGAAGGUGGGGUAACAUUGGAAGAUGGUCGACAGCGACUGGUGGAUGCAGUAAAAGUUGCCAUACAAGCUGGAUAUCGCUUGGUGGACACCAGCUUGUCCUCAGGCAUGGAGUCAGCUAUUGUAGAGGGCGUUCAGCAGUCUGGCGUCCACUACAAAGAGAUAUGCAUCGCGACGAAGCUGCUGCAGCAUGCACAUUCUCACCCAAAUGCUGUUCGAGAGUCGCUGGAAAGUUCAUUGCGUAAUCUGAAAACUGAUCGCAUCGAUGUGUAUCUGCUGCAGAGCCCCAGAGGCGGCAUGAUCGAAAAGGUUUGGACACAACUGCUGGCACUGCGGGAUCAAGGCUUAAUACGUGUUUUGGGGGUGUCCAACUUCGGCUUGCAUCAGCUUGAGGGCAUGCGAUGCUCCGGCUUGGAGCUCCCAGAAAUCAACCAAGUGGAGGUGCAUUGUUGGAGGCAGCUCCCCGACUUGACGGCUUACCACAGGAGACAUGGCAUCGCGACGAUGUGCAUGGCACCUUUAGCUAGAGGGGAGAUGUUUGGCAAGACUGACGUGGCAAACAUAGCCCGCGAGCUGGGGCACAGUGAAGCAGAAAUCGCAGUGCGAUGGAGCAUGCAGAUGGGUUACAUCCCUCUCCCAAGGUCUGUCCGGCCUGAACGGAUACUAACAAACUCGGCAGCGGAAUGCCAACUCACAAGAAGUCACAUGGAGAGGAUCGCAGAGGUGGACUCGAACUACAUCGCAUGCACAAAGGCAUCUCCGUGCAGCAUGCUGCCGUGGGAGGCAAUUUCGGAGGAAAUCCCAGACAAGGCAAUGUGGGACGAAAGCAAACGUCGCAAGGCUCAAGCUGAAGAAGAUCGUGCAGAGCGACAGAAGGAACGAGCUGAGAAGGCCCGCUUGAAGAAGCAGCGGCAGCUUCAGGCACAGGCUGAGGUUGCAGCACGCAGAAAGUCAGCAAGAGAGGAAUGA